AUGAUGAUAAUAGUGAAGCUCUUUUGUCUUCUAUUACUUCUUGCUUGGGAUGUAUGUGCCACAACUGAGCAAGAUGUCAAUAACAUGGCAUUGGACGGAGGCACUGUUCAAAUGCAAUACCUACAUGACGAUGGAAAAACCAUAAGAUCGGUGUCGUGCCCUCGCUACUUUUUCACGCUUUCUACCGCCAAUGUUCAAGCCGAGAUCAAGUAUAAGCUAUAUCACAGUAGGUGGAGUGAUCGUGUCAUAUUGGACCUGAUGUACCAUGGUCUCCGAUACGGGGAUGUCAAUGGUACUCGUACAAGUCCCGAGUCCACUUCAUCCAAAAAGAAGAAAAAUCAGCAACUAAAGUGGGAUAUUCUCCAACGGAAUGCUAAUUCUCAUUGCAAGUGGGAAGGAAUCGUUUGCAACAAGGAUAACAAAGUAACUCAGAUCUCUCUCUCGCGGUUGGGACUAUCAGGAACACUUCCCGACGAAUUGCAUCAAAUGUCGCAAUUAGAAAUGAUCGAAGUCAAUAACAACAAAAUCCAUGGGAGGCUGCAUGCCUCGUAUGGUAAAAUGUCGAGCUUGAAGCUAUUCAAUGUGGAAGAUAAUCAUCUUGAAGGCAGCAUCCCAGGGUCCUGGUCACAUGGAAUGACAAGCAUGGAGUUCUUCUCGCUUGCUGGCAACUCUUUCACGGGCACUUUGCCACAGCUUGAUGACUGGAAGUCGCUCAUCUACCUGGACUUGUCAAGAAAUCGUCUCGAAGGUCCUGUCAGCUUGUUUGAAAACAACCUGAAGCUUGCGACUCUUUCUCUACGUCGCAAUCAAUUGACCGGCACACUUCAACUGCAAAGUUCGCUUCCGGAAAUGAAGGGCCUUGAUCUGAGCCAUAACCAACUGUCCGGGACCGCCAUAUCCAAAGAUUUCUUGAGCAACAUGCCUAACUUGCUUGAGCUCUCGAUGCAAUCUAAUCUAUUGACUGGAUACCUUCCCAGCGAACUUUUCCUCCUGUCGCAUCUCAGAAUGCUUAGGUUGAGCGAUAACUUGCUGACAGGCUCUUUGCCAGAUGCAGAAUCAUCGACUGGAGGAAAGUGGAGUGAUAUGAAAGAAUUGGAAAAAAUAGAGUUGAAACACAACAAGCUUACAGGGACGUUGCCACCAAAUAUUUUUUGGCCGGGCAAUCGAUUGACAAGCCUUGAUCUUGGAUUCAACAAAUUUGAAGGGAAGUUGCCCACUACGAUAAAGUAUGCGUCUAAGUUGCUACAUCUCCUCCUUCCGUACAACCAUUUUGAAGGCAGCAUCCCAGUGGAACUUGCGAAAACGAAUAAAAAUCUGAAGUUCAAUUUCACUGAAAACCGUUUCACUUCCAUUCCAAAAGAGUUGUGCAAUCAUCGAAUUGACCUCAACCAGCAAGCUUAUUACUAUUUGUAUGACUGCAACCCGCUCAUAUGCGAAAAGGGUACUUUUACCUUAAAUGGAGCCCAAGAUAUCUAUUCCGGCUGCCAGACAUGUGACGGGCUGUCAAAACCAGAGUCGGAGUAUAUUGGAAGAACGACGUGUCCAACAAAGAACUUUACAUAUGGAGAUCAAGAUAUGGUAGGCGAGCUCAGCGAAACUGAAAUCCUGCGUCUGCUCCAUGCACAAACAGGUGGUAUGUACUGGGGUCGAAAAUAUAUGCAUUGGGGCAUGCCGGUGAAUGAUCCGUGUGACCACCCUGGUAUCACCUGUACGAACAGCCAUGUGGUCAAAAUCGACUUGAGUGAAGUUUCUCUAUGCACUGACUACAAGCGCAAUCCUCUUCCUGACGAAGAUUGCCGGGGAAUCCCCUCAGAGUUGGCGUUACUGGAGCAUUUGGAAGUUUUGAACCUGGGAAAGCAACAGCAUCUACGAGGAACGAUCCCAUGGGAGCUGGGUCAUACCAAGCUCAAGUAUCUGGAGAUAACCAAUGCACCUGGCAUGAACGGGACCAUUCCUAGUUCCUUUGGGCAUAUGACAAACCUCAAGGUGUUGAAUCUGAGUAGCUGUAAAUUCAACGGCACCAUUCCCGAAGAAUUCUACGAGUUGACGAAGCUGGAAAAGCUUCAUCUCAAUAUGAAUGAUUUUUCGGGACACAUUUCAUCCAAUAUUCAAAAGUUGACAAAUCUAAAGGAGUUCAUGAUGUCGCGGACUUACCUCUCAGGAACGAUUCCUGAGGAACUGGGGAAGUUGACAGCGAUUGAAAACUUGGAACUUUAUGGAACUCAUUUGACAGGGAAUAUUCCCGCCUCGAUUGGAAAUUGUACAAAUCUGAAGAGAGUGGAUAUGUUCAACAAUAAAUUGACUGGGUCCCUGCCAAGUGAACUAUCUAAGCUCCAGUCACUACAAAUCCUCCAUCUCAAGCUGAACCAACUCACCGGAACAAUAAGCCCCAAUUUUGGUGAACUUUCGUACUUGUCUUGGUUUGACGUGUCUUCCAACAAAUUGAGCGGAACGAUAAGCCCCACUUUUGGAGCAUCCCGUUCCCUGCACGACUUUCGGGUCGGCAACAAUCGAAUUUACGCUCCGAUUCCUCCCUCUCUUUGCAAGAAUGUUCACAUCAACGGUGGACUCACCGCUACUUAUGGGUGUGACGCCAUAGUUUGUCCCUUGGGAACCUUUUCUGAGACGGGACACGCCAUCGAUACCAAUCCAGGCUGCCUAGCAUGCCCGGAAGGCCUGACAAGCAUUUACUUGGGAGCAAUCCGGUGCGAACUGAUUUCGGAUCAUGACAUUUUGAACAUGUUUUAUGAUGUCUUGUUGAAUGAUUUGGAUGCAAAAGAACGAAAGCAACUGGGUAGCGAAAUGGGAGGAGGACUCUACAGAGAAAGCAUGAUUGGCGCCACCAAUACGAAAGAAGACGAUGAUGAUAGUGAUACCACUGGAUCCCAUUCGAGCUGGAAGGAUCCAUCCGCAAGUGUCUGCGAAUGGAAGGGUGUAAGAUGCGGCUCGAAAGGAGAAAUUUUGAGCUUUCGCUUCCCAACCCCAUUCAUGGAUGAAUGA